AUGUUACGCGUGACAGUCUUGCUUCUUGCAGGCGCCGUCUGUUGCACGGCAGCUCCGGCGCCUUCGUUACCCACCGUGGACUUAGGCUACGAACUGCACCAGGCAACAUACAAUGAAUCUGGCCAAUACUACAACUUCUCCAAUGUGCGGUACGGCGCACCUCCGGUCGGGAAUCUACGCUUUUCGGCUCCAGUCGCCCCUAGCACCAACGGCACCAAAGUUUUCAACAACGGCUCCAAAGCUGUGACUUGUUUCCAGGUACUGCCAGCAUGGGGCAUUUACUCUGCAGACUGGAUUGCCAAUGGCACGGCCGCUUUCAAUAUCUCCGCUGGAUACCAGGUCCCUCCACUUGCUUCAACCCCGCCACCCGAUCCUACUGCUACCGAGGACUGUUUGUUCCUUGAUGUGAUGGUACCGCAAGCUGUCUUUGAAGCUGCUGGUCAAGGUACAGGGGCACCAGUGAUGGUGUGGAUUCACGGAGGAGGGUACACGCUUGGAUCCAAGACUCUCUAUAGCCCUUCUGCGGCAGGUCUAAUCAAGGCUAGCCAGAGUCAAGGAGGUAAGGGGAUAAUCUGGGUCGCAAUGAAUUAUCGCCUGGGAGCUUUUGGCUUUCUCUCUGGUCCAACAUUUCAAGAGUCUGGGACGGCCAACGCCGGCCUCUAUGACCAGCGCCUCGCACUCGAAUGGGUGCAACAACACAUUUCUAAAUUUGGUGGAAAUCCGAAUCAUGUUACCGUGAUUGGAGAGUCAGCCGGAGGAGGCAGCACGAUGCACCAGAUCACGGCAUUCGGCGGCCUGAAGGGAAAGGUUCCUUUUCAGCAGGCUAUCGUGCAGAGCCCUGGAUUUCAAAUGUCACCCAGCGUUACGCUGCAAGAGGCCAUCUACACCCAUUUCUUGGCUAUCGCGGGGAUCAACAACCUCGACGAGGCUCGAAACUUGUCUACGGAAGCCCUUCGAUUCGCCAACUACAAGCUUGUCGGGGGCUCGAGCCCAUAUGGCACAUUCACGUUCAACCCCGUUGUAGACGGGGCGUUCGCCCCCGAUCUCCCUGGGCAGCUUCUCCUUCACGGAGGGUUCGACCAGUCCCUCAAGAUCAUGGCCGGUCACAACAUCAACGAAGGUAUCGGAUUUAUGGAUCCCUUUGCCCAGAAUGAAACCGUCUUUGAAGCCGAUCUUCGCAUAUACUUCCCCACCAUCACGGACGCUACCGUCAAAUACAUCUCCCAGACACUGUAUCCGCCCAAGUUCGACGGUUCUGUGGGUUAUACGACUCCCACAGGACGAAGCGCGCUGAUGAUCACGGAGGCGUUCUUCACAUGCAGCACCAAUUUCCUGGCUCGCGCGUACAACAACAGUGUGUUCAAUUACAUAUUCAGCGUUCCCCCAAGCCUUCAUGGAGACGACGUUCCAUAUACCUAUUACGAUGGUCCUAAUCCCUUGGUCAAGAAUGACACAUUGGCUGUCAUCAUGCAGAAGUAUUUCACGAACUUUGUGAUGACGGGCAAUCCGAAUGGAGCAGGACUGCCGUCGUUCCCAACAUAUGGUGCGAAUACCACGGUGCAGAAUCUGAACCUGACAACGAUUGGCCCGAUGAAGGAUAAUGCUGCCAAUCAGAGAUGUUUGUGGUGGCAAAAGGGUCUGUACGCAUAA